GCGGUGUCCGGGCCUGGAGGUGCGGGCCGAGGGCAGGCGCGGAGGGGCCCGGCGGACGGCAGCUCGGCCGGGCUCCCAGGCCUCGGGCCUCCCCCGAAGCCCCCCGACUAAGUCUCCGCCCCAGUCCGCCCUUGGACUUGUUUGCUCCGUAGUCGUGGGCCCCGGCCGAGAACUGAAGCCCCACAGACUCCCAGGACACGCGAGGAAUCGCUUCUGUCGGGGGAAUCGCUCGAACUCAGACACCCGGUCCUAGUGCGACCCGGCUGGGACCCGGCUGGGAUGAGGGGGCCAGGCAGGGCAUUAGGCAGAGGCCACCAUGGAGCAGUGUGAGAGCGUGGAGAGAGAGGUGGACAAGGUCCUACAGAAGUUCCUGACCUACGGGCAGCACUGCGAGCAGAGCCUGGAGGAGCUGCUGCAUUACGUAGGACAGCUUCGGGCUGAGCUGGCCAGUGCAGCUCUCCAGGGGACCCCUCUCUCAGCCACCCUCUCCUUGGUGAUGUCCCAGUGUUGCAGGAAGAUCAAAGACACCGUGCAGAAACUGGCUUCGGACCACAAGGACAUUCACAGCAGUGUCUCCCGAGUGGGCAAAGCCAUUGACAGGAACUUUGACUCUGAGGUAUGCGGUGUAGUCUCCGAUGCAGUAUGGGACUCCCGGGAGAAGCAGCAGCAGAUCCUGCAGAUGGCCAUCGUGGAGCACCUGUACCAGCAGGGCAUGCUCAGCGUGGCUGAGGAGCUGUGCCAGGAAUCUACACUGAACGUGGACUUGGACUUCAAGCAGCCUUUCCUGGAGUUGAAUCGAAUACUGGAAGCUCUGCACAAACAUGACCUGGGACCAGCGUUGGAAUGGGCCAUCUCCCACAGGCAGCGUCUGCUUGAGCUUAACAGCUCGCUGGAAUUCAAGCUGCACCGACUGUACUUUAUUCAUCUCCUGGCUGGUGGCCCUGACAAGCAGCUGGAGGCCCUCAGCUAUGCCAGGCACUUCCAGCCCUUUGCUCGGCUGCAUCAGCGGGAGAUCCAGGUGAUGAUGGGCAGCCUGGUAUACCUGCGGCUGGGCUUGGAGAAGUCGCCCUACUGCCACCUCCUGGACGCCAGCCACUGGGCUGAGAUCUGUGAGACCUUUACCCGAGAUGCUUGUUCCCUGCUGGGGCUUUCUGUGGAGUCGCCCCUCAGUGUCAGCUUUGCCUCUGGCUGUGUGGCACUGCCCGUGCUGAUGAACAUCAAAGCUGUGAUUGAGCAGAGGCAGUGCACAGGGGUCUGGAGUCACAAGGAUGAGUUACCGAUUGAGAUUGAACUAGGCAUGAAGUGCUGGUACCACUCAGUGUUCGCCUGCCCCAUCCUUCGCCAGCAAACGUCAGAUUCCAACCCUCCCAUCAAGCUCAUUUGUGGCCACGUUAUCUCCCGAGAUGCACUCAACAAGCUCAUUAACGGAGGAAAGUUGAAGUGUCCCUACUGUCCCAUGGAGCAGAACCCAGCAGAUGGGAAACGCAUCAUAUUCUGACUCCUGCCUGGAAGGAACUUUAUUUAAAGAGAUUUUUCACACAUGAGACUUGCUGUCUCACUGGAGUGGUUGGCUUCAGUGGAUUGUGGUUCAUUUCAGAAUUGCCUGAGUGCCACAGCAGGGGCCAAGGAGGGAGAUGAACCAACCUGCACUGGGCAGCUGGCUCCUUGACUGUACGGGCAGGGAGAUGCUGGCCUCUGUAUUGCUGCUGUCUCCGUUUAUGUUUGCCACUGUUUAUGUAGCAAUGGACAGAGGAGCAGAGGACUUGGGUGGCGGCAGCAACUGUCUUUCAUCCCUGCCCUCAGCCAGAUCUUUCUGACACACCAACGCCCUAUCCACUGCUCCCACUGUACAGCCUUACAACUGUCUGUAUCCAUCAUCCACCAGUAAAUACUCUGGGAUAGAACUGAAUGCCAUUUUUUUUAUAACUUUGAACAAAAUAUAUUCACAGGCCUUCUCCUUCCUUUGCUGCAAUUAUGUCCACUACACACAGGUACUGACAUGGCCUGGCUGCUGCUGCUGCUGGUGGGACCAUGCCAGCCACAGUGCCCAGUCAGGAAGAACCCAGUCUACGUACAUCUCUGAUUGGGCAAAAAGGAUGGGAGAUUUCAGUCCCUGGGGAAGGUGUUUUUACAUACAUAAAAUCUCAUGACCUCCGUGUUAGAAAUCAGGGCAGGGGGAUUUGGGAAGAUUAAAUGACUUGUACAGCAGGGCUCCCAGCUUGUCAAGGAGAGCUUGGAGUUUAAACCAGAUGAAGCUCAAGCUCUUUCCAGUUUAUUCCAGGGCACUUGAGGCCUGGUUGCUAUGUAUACUGAGUCCUGUGCUGGGCCUUGAGAGCAGGAAGAUACCUUAAGUCUAAAAUGUUUGAAGGACUGGGUUACCAGGGCCAUCAUGCCAAGCAGGAAAGAUGGCUUGGGGUUUUGUAUUUAGCUUCAUAAUCCCAUUUAAAAUGUCCUGUGUGGGUGGGUAAAUUGCUUCCAUAAGCUUCCCAAUGGCACUAACACUCAUGCAGGAAGAAGAGGGAUGGGGGUGUCCCCGACAGAAGCUGCAGGUUUUCAGGCCAUGGGGUCUGAGCUCAGCUGCCUUACCUGUGACUUCCACCUACUGGGGAAGUGAAAGCUCGGGAGUGAGCAGCAAAGUUUGUUCUCAGCUUGAGUCUAGCACCAGCCCUGGCAGCCAGGCAUUAGCACUGAACACUCUUAAAGUCCUUGGGGUCCUCUGGCGAGAAAGCCUGCUUCACUCUUCCCUGCCCACCAACUCCUUGGCUCCACUAGCAGCUGCUGCUUUAAAAAACACCCACAGAGCCCUGGCUGGUGUGGCUCAGUUGGUUGAGCUUCGUCCCACGCACCAAAAGGUCCCUGGUUCAAUUCCUGGUCAGGGCAUACCCAGAUUGUGGAUUUGAUUCCCAGUUGGGGUGUGUACAGAAAGCAACUGAUCAAUGUUUCUCUUUCUCUCUCCC